AUAAAUUUUGAUUUCUGGGGAUUCCCUCUUCUUGCUCUGAUUGGCUGCCCUCAGGUGACGUCAUGUUUUCUCUUAACACCACUUUAUGAGCGUCUUUUUUACAAACAGCCCCCCGGUGUCCCUCCAGGUUUAGACCCUCUAAAAAUACUCCGAGGUGUCACCGUGCUGCUCCCGCCCCCUGCCCUCACUCCAGCCAAUCAGCGGUGUCCCUUGUAUCUGCGAGGAUGCCCUGAGUGUCGGUGUAUAUGGUCAUGGUGGGGGCAUUCCUGGGAGUCCAGCGCAGUGACGCAGAGCUCUUUAAACUCUGAUCCGCUUCUCCUCCACCACAGUCCCGACUCUCUGCAGGCCUCCACCCCGCCGCCCGCGCCUCUCUGCCCGGACACAGGAGCCAGUCAGUCCGGAGGAACAAAAACUUCUUUUUCUGAAACUUUCCUUCACUUUGACCCCCUUUAGGAGCCCAUGACCCCUCCCGGCGCGGACUGACUGAGCCUGGAUCAGCUGUGAGACUCUGCUGAAGACUGGCACUGCCCCUCACACCACUUCUCUCCUUCUUUUUUUCUUUUUUUCCCAACUUUUUUCCUCUCUGCUGAGCUAGCCUAUAAAAGGGGGGCACCAUGAUGAGCAGCAGCGGGUACUUGGAGCCGCCGCAGUUCUUCCAGAGCAGUGCGGAGCUCGGGGACGAGGAGGAGGAGAUGCCGGCCACCGAGAAGGACCUGGCCGAGGACGCACCGUGGAAGAAGAUCCAGCAGAACACGUUCACCCGAUGGUGUAACGAGCACCUCAAGUGCAUCAAUAAGAGGAUCAAUGACCUGCAGAAGGACCUGAGCGACGGCCUGAAGCUGAUCGGACUGCUGGAGGUGCUGAGCCAGAAGAAGAUGUACCGAAAGUAUCACUGCAGACCCAACUUCAGACAGAUGAAGCUGGAGAACGUUUCUGUGGCGCUGGAGUUCCUGGAGAGAGAGCACAUCAAGCUGGUUUCUAUCGACUCUAAAGCUAUUGUGGAUGGGAACCUGAAGCUGAUCCUGGGUCUGAUCUGGACCCUCAUUCUGCACUACUCAAUCUCCAUGCCCAUGUGGGAGGAUGAGGACGACGAAGAUGCCAAGAAGCUGACCCCCAAACAGCGUCUGCUGGGAUGGAUCCAGAACAAGGUGCCCCAGCUCCCCAUCACCAACUUCCACAGAGACUGGAGGGACGGCAAAGCACUGGGAGCUCUGGUGGACAACUGCGCUCCAGGUCUCUGUCCAGACUGGGAAACCUGGGAUCCUACUCAGCCAGUGGAGAAUGCCAGAGAGGCCAUGCAGCAGGCCGAUGACUGGCUCGGAGUGCCACAGGUUAUUGCUCCGGAGGAGAUUGUUGAUCCUAACGUGGACGAGCACUCUGUCAUGACCUACCUGUCUCAGUUCCCCAAGUCUAAACUAAAGCCUGGUGCACCCCUAAGGGCAAAGACGCUACAUCCCAAGAGGGCUAAAGCCUUUGGACCAGGUAUCGAGCCUCGGGGUAACGUGGUUUUGAAACCAGCAGAGUUUCUUGUAGAGACAGUAGAGGCUGGACUCGGAGAAGUUCUGGUUUAUGUGGAGGAUCCAGAGGGGCACACAGAGGAGGCUCGAGUGAUCCCCAACAACGACAAGAACAGAACCUACUCAGUAGUCUACCUACCCAAAGUGGAGGGGCUUCACAAAGUGAAGGUGCUGUUUGCUGGCCAGGACAUUGACAGAAGUCCCUUCAUGGUGAACAUUUCGAAGGCCAUGGGUGACCCAACCAGAGUUCAGGCCCGCGGGCCGGGACUGCAGCAGAUGGGCAAUGUAGCCAACAAACCGACAUACUUUGAUAUUUACACUGCAGGGGCGGGGGCAGGAGAUGUAGGCGUCAUCAUUGUGGAUUCAAACGGGCGGAGGGAUACAGUGGAGAUUGUCUUGGAGAACAAAGGGGACAGUAUAUUCCGCUGCACCUAUGUCCCUGUCCUGGAAGGAGCACAUACUGUCUAUGUGACCUUUGCUGGGCAGCAGAUACCCAGAAGCCCUUUCACUGUGCACAUCUCAGAAGUUUUACAGAGCAUCCAACCUCCGGUGUCUCCGGUGCAUAUUGCACCUCAGCCCAUACACACCCCACCCUCAGACAAGACAAGGAGAGCCCCCCCACCAACACCACCCAAACCCAGACGACCAACAUGUAAUCCAAAUGCCUGCAGAGCGUCAGGCAGAGGUCUGCAGCCGAAGGGUCUGAGGGUGAAAGAAGUGGCAGAUUUUAAAGUUUACACCAAAGGAUCUGGCAGUGGAGAGCUCAAAGUCACCGUGAAGGGACCAAAAGGCAUGGAGGAGCCAGUGAAGGUUCUUGAGAUGGAAAACGGACUGUAUGAGUGCAAUUAUUACCCUAUCAUGACUGGAAAAUACAUCGUAACCAUUACGUGGGGAGGACACAGCAUCCCACGCAGCCCGUUUGAGGUCUUUGUGAGUGAGGAGGCGGGGCCUCAGAAGGUGAGGGCUUGGGGUCCAGGUCUAGAGACGGGGAUGGUUGGAAAGAGCGCUGACUUUGUGGUGGAGGCAAUUGGGACGGAGGUGGGAACACUAGGUUUCUCUAUCGAGGGGCCCUCUCAGGCGAAGAUUGAGUGCGAUGAUAAAGGUGACGGGUCAUGUGAUGUUCGAUACUGGCCGACUGAGCCAGGGGACUACGCCGUGCACGUCAUCUGUGACGAUGAAGACAUCAAGGACAGUCCCUUCAUGGCUCACAUCCUCCCCGCUGCCAACGACGUCUUCCCUGAAAAUGUGAAGUGUUACGGUCCAGGUCUGGAGCCUCUGGGCUGCAUCGUCAACAAACCGGCUGAUUUCACCAUCGACACCCACGGAGCCGGCAGAGGAGAGCUGAAGCUCUACGCUCAGGAUGCAGAGGGUUUCCCCAUCGACAUUCAGAUCACUGAUAACGGAGACAGCACCUACUUCUGUGUUUACAUUCCCACUAAACCCAUCAAACACACCAUCAUCAUCACCUGGGGGGAGGUCAACGUCCCCAACAGCCCCUUCAGGGUGACGAUAGGAGAAGGCAGCCAUCCAGAGAACGUGAAGGUUUAUGGUCCAGGUGUGGAGAAGGCCGGACUGAAAGCCAACGAGCCGACGUACUUCACUGUGGACUGUAGUGAGGCUGGACAGGGUGACGUCAGCAUUGGUAUCAAGUGUGCUCCGGGUGUUGUCGGUCCUGCAGAGGCCGACAUCGACUUUGACAUCAUCAAAAAUGACAACGACACAUUUACAGUGAAGUACACGCCUCCAGGUCCCGGUCAGUACACCAUCAUGGUUCUGUUUGCAGAUCAGGAAAUUCCCAUCAGCCCCUUCAGGAUAAAGGUGGAUCCUUCUCAUGAUGCAGCUAAAGUCAGAGCGGAAGGACCAGGACUCAACAAGACAGGUGUUGAGGUGGGCAAACCCACCCACUUCACCAUCUACACAAAGGGAGCUGGUAAAGCCAAACCUGAGGUCCAUUUCACGGCGGCGCCUAAAGGUGAAGCUGUCCGAGACUUUGAGAUCAUCGACAACCACGACUACUCAUAUACUGUUCGCUACACGGCUGUCCAGCAGGGGAGCAUGUCCAUCACUGUGUGCCAUGGAGGAGACCCCAUUCCCAAAAGUCCUUUUAACAUCACUGUGGCCCCUCCGCUGGACCUCAACAAGAUCAAAGUCCAGGGUCUGAACAACAAGGUGGAUGUCGGGAAGGAUGAGGAGUUCACCAUCUGCACCCAGGGUGCCGGAGGUCAGGGCAAACUGGAUGUCAAGAUCCUCUCACCGUCGCGUCGACCAAUCCCCUGCAAGCUGGAGUCGAGCACGGCCAAUGAGCUGCACACAGUGAAGUACAUUCCCCCAGAGGAAGGGUCGUACAGAGUGGACAUCAGCUAUGAUGGAAAUCCGGUUCCAGGAAGUCCAUUCACCGUGGAAGGCAUGAUGCCACCUGACCCUUCAAAGGUCAGGGCCUAUGGUCCAGGUCUUCAGGGUGGGGUUGUAGGUAAACCUGCUCCAUUUGCCAUUGACACAAAGGGAGCAGGUACUGGUGGUCUUGGUCUGACAGUUGAGGGUCCAUGUGAGGCGAAGAUCGAGUGCCAGGACAACGGGGACGGCUCUUGCUCUGUGUCCUACCUGCCCACCGAGCCUGGAGAGUACGCCAUCAACAUCCUGUUUGCAGAGCAGCACAUUCCCGGCUCCCCCUUCAAGGCUGUGGUCCAGUCCGUAUUCGACCCCAGCAAAGUGACGGCGAGCGGUCCGGGUCUGGAGCGAGGGAAGGUUAACGAGGAUGGCUCGUUCACGGUGGACUGCUCUAAAGCCGGAGACGCUGAGCUCACUAUUGAGAUUAUCUCUGACUCUGGAGCUAAAGCAGAAGUCCACGUCCAGAACAACAGUGAUGGAACUUACUCCAUCACCUACAUCCCCCAAACCCAUGGGAUGUACACCAUCACUAUCAAAUAUGGAGGACACCCAGUACCCAAGUUCCCCGCUAGACUACUGGUGGACCCAGCCAUCGACGUCAGCGGGAUCAAAGUUUACGGACCAGGAGUGGAACCCAGAGGUGUUCUGAGAGAAGUGACCACCCAUUUCAUCGUGGAUGCCCGAGCUCACUACAAAAGCGGUGGCAGCCACAUCAAAGCCGACAUCUCCAACCCGUCAGGUGCCAACACAGAUGCCUACAUCACAGACAAAGGGGACGGGACGUACAGAGUGGAAUACACGCCGUAUGAGGAUGGUUUGCAUCUGAUAGAAGUGCUGUUUGAUGAAGUCUCAGUGCCAAAGAGUCCAUUCAGGGUUUCGGUGACUGAGGGUUGUGAUCCGAGUCGAGUCCGAGCCUACGGUCCAGGCCUGGAGGAGGGACUGGUUAACAAACCAAACCGCUUCACUGUCGAGACCAGAGGUGCUGGCACUGGAGGUCUUGGUCUGGCCAUUGAGGGUCCAUCUGAGGCCAAGAUGUCUUGUAAAGACAACAAAGAUGGCAGCUGUAGUGUGGAGUACAUCCCCUUCACACCUGGAGAGUACGAUGUCAACAUCACCUUUGGAGGACUUCCUAUUCCAGGAAGUCCAUUCAGGGUUCCAGUUCGAGAACUGGUGGAUCCAAGCAAAGUCAAGUGUUCAGGUCCUGGUUUGGGGAGUGGAGUCCGAGCCCAUGUCCCUCAGACCUUUACUGUGGACAGCAGUAAAGCAGGAGUGGCCCCUCUGGAGGUCCUGCUGUAUGGGCCCACAGGUGUGGCCGAGCCAAUCAGCAUCAUGGACAAUGGUGAUGGGACUCACACAGUCAACUACACUCCUUCUAAUGACGGUCCUUACACAGUUUGUGUGAAGUAUGCUGACCAGGAGGUCCCUCGCAGUCCUUUUAAGAUCAAGACUUUGCCGGCUCACGAUGCCAGUAAAGUUAGAGCCAGCGGCCCUGGUCUGAAUGCAUCUGGAGUUCCUGCCAGUCUGCCGGUGGAGUUCACUAUCGAUGCCAGAGAUGCUGGAGAGGGACUGCUGACUGUGCAGAUUCUGGAUCCUGAGGGUAAACCGAAGAAGGCGAACAUCCGUGACAACAGAGACGGGACGUACACGGUGUCCUACGUACCGGACAUGGCGGGCCGUUACACCAUCACCAUCAAAUACGGGGGAGACGAGAUCCCGUACUCGCCCUACCGCAUUCACGCCCUGCCCACUGGAGAUGCCAGCAAGUGUUUGGUCACAGUGUCAAUCGGAGGACAUGGACCAGGAUCCGGUAUCGGCCCCACCAUCCAGAUCGGAGAGGAGACGGUUAUCACUGUGGACGCAAAGGCUGCUGGGAAAGGUAAAGUCACCUGUAAGGUGUCGACUCCUGAUGGAGCGGAGCUGGACGUAGACGUGGUGGAGAACGCUGACGGGACGUUUGAUAUUUACUACACGGCACCGGAACCGGGAAAAUAUGUCAUUACUAUCCGGUUUGGAGGAGAGAACAUCCCCAACAGCCCGUUUCAUGUGGUGGCGUGUGAUACCGUCCCAAUAAUAGAGGAACCUUGUGACAAGCUUCAGUUACAGACGCCUUACUCCCCCUAUGUGGGCUGCUUCUCCCCUUCAUGGGCCACAGAUGAUCCCAUCAGCCCCGUGGAUGGGAUGGAGCCCAUGCUCCGCCCCUUCAGCCUGGUCAUUCCCUUCACUGUGCAGAAAGGAGAGAUCACAGGCGAAGUUCGAAUGCCAUCUGGUAGAACCGCCAUGCCUAACAUCACUGACAACAAAGACGGCACCGUCACGGUGAAAUACUCCCCGACAGAGCGAGGCCUGCAUGAGAUGGACAUCAAGUAUGAUGGAGACCACAUCCCGGGGAGUCCACUCCAGUUCUAUGUAGAUGCCAUUAACAGCGGUCAUGUGAAUGCUUACGGCCCUGGUCUGAGUCAUGGUACAAUAAACAGACCGGCUACCUUCACUAUCGUAACCAAAGACGCCGGAGAAGGUGGCCUGUCUCUGGCAGUUGAAGGUCCUUCUAAAGCAGAGAUCAGCUGUAAGGACAACAAAGAUGGUACCUGCACCGUGUCCUACCUGCCCACUGCACCUGGAGACUACAACAUCAUCGUCAAGUUUGAUGACAAACACAUCCCUGGCAGCCCGUUCACCGCCAAGAUCACUGGCGAUGAAGCCUUGAGGAUGUCUCAGCUGAACGUCGGCACAUCCACUGACGUUUCUCUAAAGAUCAUGGAGACUGAUCUCAGCAGUCUGACGGCGAGCAUCAGAGCGCCGUCUGGAAACGAGGAGCCGUGUCUGCUGAAGAGGCUGCCCAACAGACACAUCGGGAUCUCGUUCACACCAAAGGAAGUUGGUGAACACGUGGUGAGUGUGAAAAAGAACGGGAAACAUGUGACCAACAGUCCGUUUAAGAUUAUGGUGGGUCAGUCGGAGAUCGGAGACGCCAGUAAGGUGAAGGUGUACGGCCAAGGACUGGUGGAGGGACACACCUUUGAGGUGGCUGAGUUUAUCGUUGACACCAGGAACGCAGGUUAUGGCGGUCUGGGUCUGUCGAUCGAGGGUCCCAGUAAAGUGGACAUUAACUGUGAGGACGUUGACGACGGGACGUGUAAAGUCACCUACUGUCCAACAGAACCUGGAAACUACAUCAUCAACAUCAAAUUUGCUGACCAGCACGUCCCAGGAAGUCCAUUCACGGUGAAGGUGUUUGGCGAGGGUCGCAUGAAGGAGAGCAUCACCAGGAAACGCCAGGCUCCCUCCAUCGCCACUGUGGGCAGCACCUGUGACCUCAACCUCAAAAUCCCAGGGAACUGGUUCCACAUGGUGUCGGCUCAGGAGCGCCUGACUCGCACGUUCACCCGCAGCAGUCACACCUACACUCGCACCGAGCGGACGGAGAUCAGUAAGACGAGAGCGGGGGAGACCAAGAGGGAGGUGAGGGUGGAGGAGAGCACGCAGGUGGGAGGAGAACCCUUCAGAGACGUGUUCGGAGACUUCCUGGGACGAGAGAGUCUGAGCGGAUUCAACGGCAUGCCGGCCGGCAGCCGACCACCGCUGCAGGAUGGUGAGCCAGGUAACCAGGAGAUGACGGCUCAGGUGACGAGUCCUGGAGGAAAAACGGAGGAUGCUGAGAUCAUUAAAGGAGAAGACAGCACCUACAGCGUCCGCUUCAUCCCUCAGGAAAUGGGCGCUCACACCGUUAACGUUAAAUACAGAGGCCAGCACGUUCCUGGGAGCCCCUUCCAGUUCACUGUGGGACCCCUGGGAGAGGGAGGGGCCCACAAAGUGAGAGCAGGAGGAACCGGUCUGGACCGAGGAGUGGCGGGGAUCCCAGCUGAGUUCAGUAUCUGGACCAGAGAGGCCGGAGCUGGUGGUCUUUCCAUCGCUGUGGAGGGACCCAGUAAAGCAGAGAUCACCUUUGAGGACAGGAAGGAUGGAUCCUGUGGAGUGGUGUACGUGGUACAGGAGCCAGGCGACUAUGAGGUUUCCAUUAAGUUCAACGAUGAACACAUCCCAGACUCCCCAUUCAUCGUCCCCAUCGCCACCCUGUCUGACGAUGCUCGCCGUCUCACCAUCACCAGCCUGCAGGAGAUGGGUCUCAAAGUCGGGCAGGAGGCCUCCUUUGCUGUCCAGCUGAACGGAGCCAGGGGUCUGAUCGAUGCCAAGAUCCACACGCCAUCAGGGGCCAUAGAGGAGUGCUACAUCACAGAGCUGGACAGUGACCAGCACGCCAUCAGGUUUGUCCCAAGGGAAAAUGGAGUUCAUUCAAUUGACGUCCGCUUCAAUGGAAGCCAUGUUCCUGGAAGUCCUUUCAAAAUAAGAGUCGGAGAACCAGGACAGGUUGGAGAUCCUGGCAUGGUGUCUGCCUUCGGACCAGGACUGGAAGGAGGAACCACUGGCGUGGCGUCAGAGUUUAUCGUGAACACAUGCAACGCUGGCUCAGGAGCUUUAUCUGUGACCAUCGACGGACCGUCCAAGGUGAAGAUGGACUGUCAGGAGUGUCCUGAAGGGUACAAAGUCUCCUACACACCAAUGGCGCCUGGAAACUACCUGAUCUCCAUCAAGUAUGGAGGACCACAGCAUAUUGUUGGCAGUCCCUUUAAGGCCAAAGUCACAGGUCCUCGUCUGUCCGGUGGUCACAGUCUUCAUGAAACGUCCUCUGUUCUUGUGGAAACUGUCACCAAGUCAUCACCAAUGGGAGGGGCCUUCGCCUCUUUACCCAAAUUCUCCUCAGAUGCUAGUAAAGUCAUCUCCAGAGGCGCCGGGCUGUCGAAGGCGUUCGUAGGUCAGAAGAAUACGUUCACGGUCGAUUGCAGCAAAGCAGGUACCAACAUGUUGAUGGUGGGCGUCCACGGCCCUAAAACGCCCUGUGAGGAGGUGUACGUCAAACACAUGGGCAGCAGGAUGUACAACGUCACGUACACGGUGAAAGAACAAGGCAGCUACAUCCUCAUCGUCAAAUGGGGAGACGAGAACGUCCCCGGCAGUCCUUUCCACGUUACCGUCCCUUAAGACUGAACUCUUCAUCUCUUUGUCCCUCCUCUGCUGCAGCUCCUCUUCUUCAUGCACUGAACACACAAAGACUGUUCACUAUUCACUGUUUCAGACAGUUUUACACUGUGCACAGUUCUGAUUUCAGCAUCUUUCUUUUGUCUCUCGUGCAAAAAUCACUGCCAAAACAGCUGUUACAUAUGUUAAUGCUCAUGGAAACUACACCAAAGCUUUAGACAGUGACACAGUGAUUGUUUCUCUGAUGGCGUACCUGCGUUUACUCUGGACUUGGACUCUUUGACACAGCUAUUGAAUCAGAAUGCCACCUGUGGAGCAGAAUCUAUUAGAGCGCCAUUUCUCCAGCAUUUAUAACAGUUUGAGCUGAACUUCACAGAGAUGAUCGAUCGUUUUGACAAUGCUUACAUUUAGAGAAGAACCACCAGCCCAAAGCUAAGUAUCAGGGAAUUACAAGACAUUAGAUCAUAUUCUGAUCAGUGCAAACAAGAUACUGACUUGGGGGAAAACUACAACUUGGAUACCCCUUGUUUGCAAGUAUUCUUAUCAUAGAGCAAUGCAUGUGCAGGGAAGUAUCUUGAUCACUAAAACUAGUGUCUUGUUUGCAUAAAAAUUAUUGCAUAAUUCAGUAUUUUGUAUGCACAAGACACUGACCUAUUGUUUGAGUAUCUUGUUAACUAUCUUGUUUAAACAAUUUCUUUUAAACCAUUAAGUACGAUUGCAUAACAUCACAUUAUGAACAGUUUGGUUGUAUCUUGCUUUGCAGUGAUUUUUCAACAACUCAUGAGACCAAGUCAACAAGAAAAGUAGCUAUCUUGUCUGCACAAGAUAGUUUUUUUUUUUUUUUUUUGCACUUUGUUUUUUUUGCAUCUUGUCUACAGUAGUGACCGUGUUGCUAACACUACUUUGUGCUGAAAAAAUGGUUUCUCAGAUUGUAUCUUGUUUGGAAAUUUUGCUCACUUAAGUCAGUCAGUAGCAAGUAUCUUGAUCACUAAAACUAGUGUCUUGUUUGCAUAAAUAUCAUUGCACAAGACACUGACCUAUUGUUUGAGUAUCUUGUUUAAAAAAUUUCUUUAAAAGCAUUAAGUAAGUUUGCAUAAUAUCACAUUAUGAACAAUUUGGUAGUAUCUUGUUUUGCAAUGCAAUGAUUUUUCAACAGGUCAUGAGAACAUUUCAACAAGAAAAGUAGCUAUCUUGUCUGCGCAAGAUAACUUUUUUUGCACAAGUGACCAUCUUUGUACACACAAAAUAGUAGCGUGCUGGCUAAAGUUAGAAUCUUGCAUGCAGCUUUGGUAAGUAUCUUGUCUACAGUAGUAACCAUGUUGCUAACACUUAGUUGUGCUGAAAAAAAAGGUUUCUCAGAUUGUAUCUUGUUUUGAAACUUUUACUUACUUUUCUUAAUGACAUACCUUGAACAGCAAGUUCGUAUCUUGUUUUUGCAGUGAUUGUUUGACAAGUUAGUGUCAUGUUUGGACAAGAUGGUAUAUUGUUAGCUUUUUUUUUGCAAAAGUUUCUGUCUUGCAAGAAUAGGAUAUUGUCUACUCAUUUUUGUUCUCAAAAAAUAGUAUCUUGCUGGCUCAAGUUAGAACCUUACGUGCAAAUUUUCAACACUAGUUUGAACAAGUUAGUAUCUUGUCUACCAAGUGACUAUUUUGCUGAGAAUAGCUCAUUCUCAAAGAGUUUCUUAAAUAGUCUCUUUUUGGAAACUGUGUCUACUCAAAUCAGUUAGUGGGUUUAUACAAGCAAGUAUCUUGAUCACACAAACUAGUAUCUUGUUUUCAUCAAUUUGGCUGCACAAGUCAAUAUCUUGUUUUUAAAGAUUUUGUUGAAACUAGUAAGUUAGCAUAGUAAUAUACCUUGAACAACAAGUUAGUAUUCUGUUUUUGCAAUGAUUAUUCAACAAGUCAGUAUGAUGUUUUUACAGGUCAGUAUCUUGUCUGCAGAAGAUGGUAACUUGUUAGCUGCUUUUAGCACAGGUUACCAUCUAGUGAGUAAGAAUAUCAUAUUCACACAUUUGUACACACAAAUCAAUAGCUUUCUUCGCACAAGACACUGACAUUUUGUCUGAAUAUCUAUUUGACUAUCUUCUUCUUUAUAUACUUCUUUAAAACCAAAAAGUAUGUUUGUAUUACAUCAUACCUUAAACGAUCAGGUAGUAUCUUGUUUUUGAAAUGAUAACUCUGUGCAAGAUAGUAAUUAGAUAGAUUUCUUUAAGCACCAGUUACCAUCUUUGUAGAGACAAAAUGUUAUCUUGCUGGCUCAAGUUAGAAUCUUGCUGACUAAUUUCUCAUUUUGUUUUCUAAAGGCAGUAUCUUGUUUUCACAAAUGACUCUUUCGCCAACAUUAAAUUGUGCCAAAAAUGUGUUUCUUUGGUAGUAUCUUGUUUGGAAACUUUGGUUCCUCAAGUCAGUCAGCAGGUUUAUGGAAGCAAGUAUCUUGAAAACUUGUAUCUUGUUUGCAUAAAUAUGGUUGCACACGCCAGUUUCUUGUUUAAAAGAUUUUGUUGAAACAACUUAGUAUGAUCGCAAAACAUACCUUAAAGUAUUUUGUUUUUGCAAGGAUUUUUCACCAGGUCAGUAUCAUGUUUGCAGAAAUGGUAUCUUGUCUGCACAAGGUAGUAACUCAAGAGCUUCUUCUUGCACAAGUUACUGUCUAGUGAGAAAGAAUAUCUUGUCCACACAUUUCUGAACACACAAAUUAGUAUCUUGCUGGCUCAAGUCAGAAUCUUGCCUUUAAAUUUCUGAAUAUGAUUUCCACAAACCAGUAUCUUGUCUGCAAAUGUGACUAUGUUGACAACACUAAGGUGUGCUUAAAAGUAGUUUCUUCGAUAGUGUCUUGUUUGGAAAUAUCGGUUUCUUCUGUCAGGCAGUAAGUUUAUGCAAACAAGUAUCUUGAGCACAAAUCAGGCAUCUUGUUUGCACACAGUUGCACAAGUCAGUAUCUUGUUUAAAACAUUUGUUUAAACUAGUAUGUCAAUACUAGGUUCAUACCUUGAACAACAAGUUUGUAUCUUGUUUUUGCAACGAUUAUUAAAAAAGUCAGUGUCGUAUGCACAGGCCAGUAUCUUGUAUUCACAAGAUAGUAAAUUAGUUAUUGUCUAAUGUGUUGUCCAAAUAUCUUGCUGGCUCAAGUUAGAACCUUGCAUGCAAAUUUCCAAUAUUGGUUUCCAUAAGUUAGAAUCUUGUCUGCACAGCUGACUAUAUUGCCAACAAUACAUCGAGCUCAAACAUUACUUUCUCAGUAUCUUGUUUUCAAACACUGGUGGCUCAAGACAGUCAGUACAUUUAUAUGCAAUUAGAAAAAGGCAAUUUAUUGUGCUACUUAAAAUACAUGUAAAUGUGCUGGUCUGACUGAAAUUGGUUUGAGAGUCUGUGGAUGAAACUAAUCAUGCAAAACCAAAGAGAAACAGAUCAUAUGCCUGACACUUUAAGUUCAAAUCUCAGAUGGGUUUUUAAAUUUAGUUUUAACAGAACUAAAGACAAUCUUGAUCACACAAUGAAUCAGAAUUGGACAAAACUACUUCUAUAUUCUUUUAAAAUUAAGAUUCUAUUUGUUUUUGUGUCUUCUGUUUUGUUUAUAGUAUUCACAUCCUGAGAGUAAAACUGAAACACCAGCAUCAGAAUCAGCCGGUGUGACAUCUCAUCUGGUUGAUCCUGUCCUAAAACGUUUUCUUCCCUCAGAGCUGCAGAGUUAAAUCAACCUCAGAGGAUCAGGACGAGCUGCUGUGACUUUAUUUCAAAGCUAAAAAACACUUAUUUUAUUUAUUCUCAGACCUUUUGUUUCCUGAUUUGAUUUUCUUUGACAGAAAAUGGUCUUAUUGUUGAGAGAGCUGGAGGAGAGUUAGCGUUGGUUCAGACUGAGACAGAUGUGAUGAUUUAGAUUUUUUUUUUGUUUGUUUUUUUACCACAUGGAGCGGUGCGGUGGAACUAUCAGUUUAUUUUAUGAAUGUUUAAAAAGAACACACAGGAGAUGUAUCAGUGAGACAUUACUACAGAGUGACAUUUUAUAGUGAUUUUGUAUGUAUCGGAAAUGGAUGAAUGAAAUGAUUUUAACUGUUUGAUAUGUUAACCUUCAACCCGGUAAGAUUGUGCAGGCAUAAUA